CUGCGUGGACAGGGGGGACGAAACAGGAGACGCCAGGACAGGGAGGCAUGCGGAACCACCGACAAAAAGGUCUGCUUUUUCAGCCUCAUGCACCAGAAAGCAGAGGCCUGGAGGACCGGACUGGAGGUCCUGGACCGGACCGGACCGGACCGGACCAGACUGGACCGGACUGGACCGGACCGGAUGGUUACCUGGCUCAGCUUACUGUUCUCCCGGGCCAGCUGGUACCUGGGAUCGUCGGUGGUUAUGGUGAACCUAUCCUUGAAAAUGUAUAAAUCCAGAGCAAAGGAUCUGCAUAGGAGCGGCUGCAAUGAGCUCCUCCGGCCCGACAUCCUCACGGCCCUUUACCAGUCCACCGCGGGCAGUAAGUGGAAGUACAGGGAGCAGUACGAACGCGCCAAAGACAAGUUCACCUCCGUGCUGGAGACGCCCGAGUACGAGGCCCACAAGCGCAGCAAGAAGAUCACAGACGUGCGUUUUUACUCUUCCCGCCGUUUAGCUUUCCUCACCGGGGAUGUUCGGUAA